CAAAAAACAGCUGAUGCUGUCCCAUCGAAAAUCACUGCCGCAUUUAAUCCAAACAAAAUAGCUUAAAUUUAAAUAAAAUGCUGCGAAAUGCGGUGCAUUUAGCCACCCUAGGGGUGCGCCAGACGCGAGUGACGUGCUGCUUGCCAAGAUUACCACUAAUCCUGCAGAAUAAUCCACAAAACGCGAUAAAUGUGCAAGUGGCGCGCGAUUAUGCAAAGGGCAAGGACAAAAAGAAGGAAAAAGGCGGCAAGGGAAAACCCGGUGGCAAGGUGGAAAUCAACGAGCAGCAGCUACGCGAGAUCCUCAACCUGGAUGGCCUGAACAGCCAGAUGCAGAAGUCCGUGAUGCAAAUGAAGGACGACUUUGUGAAGCACCUGUCGCUGCGUUCCACCAGCGGUGCCAUCGACACGCUGCGCAUUAAAGUCGAUGGCCAGGAGCACGAGCUGCAGGAACUGGCCCAGAUCUCACGGAAAAACCCCAAGACGAUUAUCGUUAACAUGAUUGGCUUCCCGCAAACGAUUCCCGAUGUCCUGAAGGCCAUCGAAAAGAGCGGCAUGAACCUGAAUCCGCAGCAGGAUGGCACCACACUGUUCAUACCCAUCCCGAAGGUCACCAAGGAGCACAGGGAGAAUCUGUCCAAGAAUGCCAAGGCUCUGUUUGUCAAAUACCGCGAUGCCAUUCGUGGCGUUCAGAACGAGCACAUCCGCAAGCUGAAGAAGCAGCCGGAACUGGGCAAGGAUGAUGCAUUUGCCGCCCAGGCUCAGGUCACCGCCAUUGCGGAUCGCUUCAUCUCGGAGGCGGACAAGCUGCUGGCCAGCAAGCAGAAGGAGCUGCUGGGCGAAUAGAACUAAGACCAAGACUGAUCCUGAUCCAAAAGCCUUAAUAAAUCUAAAUACAUCAUUGUUUAACCGAAACUAUAUUCAAAUGGAAA